AUGGACAUGAUUGAAAUGAGUUUCCAGGAUUCCACAGACUGUUCUGGCUCUUUCAAACAAAGCCUGCAAGGGGACGAAGACAACAGAUCAGAAAGAAAAGUUAAUGCGCAUGAGGAUUCACAGGACCUGGAAACUGCCUACCUUCCAUCUGUGCUUCCCAUGGCCCCUUGGGGCUCUCAGGAGGUACAGUCUUCAUGCCACCUGCUGACAGUGAGGAUCAUCCGGAUGAAAAACGUCCGCCAGGCUGAUGUGUUGAGUCAGACAGACUGCUUUGUGAGCCUCUGGCUACCUACCGCCUCUCAUGAGAAGCUGAGGACUAAGACCAUCUCCAACUGUCCAAACCCAGAAUGGAAUGAAACCUUCAAAUUUCAGAUCCAAAGCCAAGUGAAGAAUGUUUUAGAACUGAGUGUCUGCGAUGAAGACACAGUGACACCAGAUGACCAUCUCUUGACAGUUCUUUACGACCUCACUAAGCUCUGCUUCCGAGAGAAAACCCACGUGAAGUUCCCGCUCAACCCAGAGGGCAUGGAGGAGCUGGAGGUGGAGUUCCUGCUGGAGGAGAGUCCCUCUGCACCUGAGACUCUCAUCACCAAUGGCGUUCUGGUGUCCCGGCAAGUCUCCUGCUUGGAGGUUCACGCAGAAGCCAGACAUCAGAGGAAGAGUGGGAAAAAGAAGGACCUUUUGGUGACAGUGAACGAAUCCUUUGAACACACCCAGCGCAUCUCGCCCCACCUGGAUCCCUGCUGCCCAAACCCUGCCUGCUUCCACUACCCCAAGUUCUUCCAGCCGCAGUUGCAUGUGGAGGUGCCCAAGAGCCAUUGGAGCUGUGGGCUUUGCUGCUGCAGCAUGUACAAGAAGAAUGGCUCCUUCUGCCAGCCCCUGGAUUGCCUUCCCAAAGACCAGGCAGUGACCCAGCCAGUGGGUGAGAACUGUGAAUUGCACAUGAAGUCAACCGAUUGCCCAGACGUGCUGGACGUGCGGCUAGGGUACAGUCUGUGCCAAGCAGAGCUGGAGUUCCUGGAGAAGCGGAGAGUGGUGGUGGCUGAGACGUUGAAGCAGGUCCUACAGCUGGAGGAGGACCUGCAGGAAGAUGAGGUACCGCUGAUAGCCAUCAUGGCCACUGGUGGAGGGACAAGAUCCAUGACCUCCAUGUACGGCCACCUGCUGGGGCUGCAGAAGCUGAACAUCCUGAACUGUGCCAGCUAUAUCACCGGUCUGUCAGGGGCCACCUGGACCAUGGCUACCUUGUACCAAGACCCUGACUGGUCCUCCAAAAACUUGGAGCCUGCCAUCCUGGAGGCCCGGAGGCAUGUGGUCAAGGACAAGAUGCCAGCUCUGUUCCCAGAACAGCUUUGCAAAUUCAAGGAGGAACUCCGACAGCGAAGCCAGGAAGGCUACAAGGUCACCUUAACUGACUUCUGGGGCCUGCUGAUUGAGUCCUGUCUAGGGGACAAGAGAAACGAAUGCAAGCUGUCAGAGCAGCGAGCUGCUCUGUGUCGGGGCCAGAACCCCCUGCCCAUCUACCUCACCAUCAAUGUCAAGGAUGAUGUAAGCAACCAGGAUUUCAGAGAGUGGUGUGAGUUCUCCCCGUAUGAAGUGGGCCUGCAGAAAUACGGUGCCUUCAUCCCCUCCGAGCUCUUUGGCUCUGAAUUCUUCAUGGGGCGGCUGAUGAAGAGGAACCCUGAGUCAAGAAUGUGCUACAUGCUAGGUUUGUGGAGCAGCAUCUUCUCCCUGAACCUGCUGGAUGCCUGGAAUCUGUCCCACACCUCGGAGGAGUUUUUCCACAGGUGGACGAGGGAGAAAGUACAAGAUAUUGAAGAUGAGCCGCUCCUACCAGAAAUCCCCAAAUGUGAUGCCAAUGCCCUGGAGACUACGGUGGUAGUCCCAGGGUCCUGGCUGUCCAAUACUUUCCGAAACAUCCUCACCCACCGGAGCUUUGUGUCUGAGUUCCACAACUUCCUGCGGGGCCUGCAGCUACACACCAGCUACCUCCAGAACAGCCAGUUCUCCAAGUGGAAAGACACAGUGCUCGAUGGCUUCCCAAACCAGCUGACCGAGUCCGUCAACCACUUGUGCCUGCUGGACACAGCGUUCUUUGUCAACUCCAGCUACCCGCCCCUCCUACGACCAGAGAGAAAGGCCGACCUCAUCAUCCACCUCAAUUAUUGUGCCGGAUCCCAGACGAAGCCCAUGAAACAAACCUGUGAAUACUGCACCGUGCAGAACAUACCCUUCCCUAAAUAUGAGCUGGAAGACGAAGAGAAUAAUCUCAAAGAAUGCUACCUGAUGGAGAACCCCCAGGAACCUGAUGCCCCCACAGUGAUUUUCUUCCCACUCAUUAAUGACACCUUCCAAAACUACAAGGCCCCAGGUGUGGAGCGAAGCCCUGAAGAGCUGGAACAUGGCCAGGUUGACAUUUAUGGCCCCAAAACGCCCUACGCCACCAAGGAGUUGACAUACACAGAAGCCGCCUUUGACAAACUGGUGAAGCUCUCUGAGUACAACAUCCUGAAUAACAAAGACAAACUCCUUCAGGCCUUGCGACUGGCAGUGGAGAAGAAAAAGCACCUAAAGAGCCAGUGUCCCUCCUAAACCCAGAGGAGCGUCGCCGAUACUGAGUCUCUUUCUAUUGCCAGAGGUGCAGAAUCUAUCAAGGCU